AUGGCACUGGUCCUGCACUGCCCAGAGCCGCAGGAUGAAGUCGACGGGCCUGCUCCGCUCGAGAAAAAGGCUCAGGGCAAUCUGGAUGGCCCGUGGUGGUCCCGACAUGCUUGCGUGCAGCUCAAGGGGUGCACCUACAUGAUUGCCGAGGGCAUGACCAAGUACCUCACUGACAGGGCCGCCCAGAAUCGGGAUCGCCGGAGAAGACGCCGAAGGGAGGAAAGGGAGAGACAGCGAAGUAGACAGGAACGAAGGCACUCUUGGACGGUGAAUGCGGGAAGCUCUACAACCUCAAGCCGGGAGGUGCCACCUCGUCCUCCCGUGCAGAUGGGCGAGAAUACCAUCUGGUGGAGUGAACUUGUUGGCCUCAAUGACCCGAUGAAUGAUAGCUCCACCGUGCUCCCGGACCAGACUGUGGACAUGAUCAUUACAAACAUCAGGGAGAUGACGGUUGAGCAUCGAACUUAUAUGCUCUCGGAGCUCAUCCCGUUUGUGGCCGCUUUCAUGUCUGAGUUGCUAAGGGCCGUAGCCACAGGCAUUGAACAAAGUCAGCAGGAAGUCGUGGAGGUAGGAAUGGCUGACAGCACCGCACUGAUGCAAAUGCACUACGACCCUGCCAUCCCUUUCGGCUCCCGACUCUCCCAACUCCAGGGGCAGCUCAAUGGCAUGAGUGACGGGCAAAGUGCGCAAGUGGCGGUGCACAUGCAGCUGAUGAUAGGGCGCCUCAGACAGCUGGCGGGCGAUCUCUCGCGCCAGCACAGGGAUCGCUUCGAGCGUCUGGAGCUCUACGGAUGUGUGGUCUUUGACGACUCCAGCGCGGUAGUCACCGAUGACGUGCCAGAGUAUCGAGUUCGACGGCACCCUGAUGGCCCCUGGGUUCCGGCCACAGAUCAGGAGGCUGCAGAGUUCAGAGCCCAUGACCAAGCAGUGCAGGAAGAGGCUGCUCAGCAGGCACAAAGGGAUGAGGACAAUUACCAGCAGCUUGAGGCGGCGAUCAGUCAGCAGUGGGAUGACUGGGCAAUGCGGUCGGAGCUUGACAGAGAAUCACCGCUGCCCAGCAGAAAAAGAAUGAGGGUGGUCAUGAAUGUUGGGGACGAAGCUGGCGUUCAGUUGGGGGAAGCCCAUGUCGAGGGCACGAUGGACGCUGGUGGAAAGCCGGUCAUCUCCUUCCAAGUGGUUGAGACGUUGCUCGGCACGGCUGAAAACCCCAAUGCAGAGCUUGGACCAGCGGCCAUGGCACUGCAUGCCAAUCCGCAGCUCGCAGACUUCAAACCAGAGAGCAUGCCAGGAAUGUCGGAGUCGAUGAAGGCCUUCAUGCAGACGCGAGAAGCAAGGUACUGGCUGCGUCAGUUUGCGGAAGGGAUGGCAUCGGACGAGAUGAUCUGCAGCCGCUUCGGAACUGAAGUUCUGGAGAUGUUCCAAAUGUGGGUGGCUAUCAAGGACGACAUGGAUGUGCAGGUGAGAAACUGUGCAGAUGCAGUCCGCCACAUCGCUGACACGGUCUGUGAAGACGGAGGAGAGGACUCGGAUGCGAGUACCGUGGCGGCUGGCAGGGAGGCAGUGGAAAACGAGGGUGAGAAGAAAGGCUACAUUGCACCAGUGGUGGAAGCAGCUGGGAGUAGGGCUGAUAGUCAAGAGGAAGAACAUCUACAGCAUGAGGGUCGUGAUGAAGGUAAUGUCGAGCUUGAGGGCACGAAUGUGGUCGAGGAUGAGCGUGUGGCCGUGGCGUCUGUGACCGGAGAGGAAGAAGUCCAGGAAAACGAAGGGGCAGAGCACGAAGCGGCUCCAGCAGUGUCACAUGGCGAGGUGGAGGACACAAUGGACCCGCUCACUGGCAUCCCCUCCAAGUGGGCGGAGUUCUGGCGCGCAACAAACAACAAUGCUAGCAUCGGUGUUGGGCUGCCAGAUCCUGUUCCACCUGUCCACCACGCUGCUGACAGCACCUUGAGUGAUGGCUUCGGAACCCUGCCGGGGAAUGGCGCCGAGACUGCAGAUGCGGAGUCGGUCGCGGUGGCAGCUGCUGCGGCGUCGCCCUCUGAGAAUCGUGCGGCAAGCUCUACUGACGGCAAAAGACAGCUGGACCUGAAAGGCUGGCUGAAAUAG